AAUACGCUACUGUUUGCUGGAUAGCUAGUUACAUGUCUUUGUUUACACGAAGGUGCUAUGAUUGGCGCUGACCAUCGGCUCACAUAGACUCGACGACGCGAAGGCAACAUGGUCGGAGUGAAAUUUGGAAGGAGCAUCGUUCCCCCUGCACGCAGGUGUGCAACGUUACGAUGGAACAGCUGCUGUGCGAUUUACAAGAUGGAUUGGUUGCACUGGUGUAUCAUUAUCAUCGGAGUUAUAGCUUGCAUCCGUGGACAGAGUGUGCAGCAAAUGGAGAAACCUCCGUGGCGAAAUACUUCCGACAGAGUCACAAAUCCCAAUAUAAAUAUCUCUGAGAAAGAGAUCAUAGAUGAGAUUUUAGGAGAAGGAUCUAACUACGACAAUCGUUUAAGACCAAAAGGAGGAAACGGAUCUCAGGCCAGUGCAGUGAAUGUUACAGUGAACAUAUACCUAAGAACAAUCAGCAAAAUAGAUGACGUCAGUAUGGAAUACAGCUGUCAGAUCUCGUUUCGCGAACAGUGGCAAGAUAAUCGACUGACUUAUAACGACAGCUAUUUCAAGUACGUCAACCUGCCGGAUCCUGAACGAAUAUGGCGGCCGGAUUUGUUUUUCUCCAAUGAGAAGCAGGGUCACUUCCACGAUAUCGUCAUGCCGAAUGUACUGCUGCGCCUGUACCCGGAUGGACGCAUUCUGUACAGUGUAAGGAUAUCAUUAGUGCUGUCUUGCCCGAUGAAGCUCCACUAUUACCCACUCGACAACCAGUUUUGCGUUUUAGAGAUGGCGAGCUACGGCUACACUACCGACGACAUCGUCUUUAUCUGGAAGGCAGAUAAUCCGGUUCAACGAAAACCUAUUGUCGAACUUCCAAGCUUUGAGUUGAAGGACAUCUCAACUUCGUAUUGCUCAAGCACAACAAAUACAGGUCAAUACAGCUGUCUGCGCGUGACGCUAAAGUUGAAGAGACAGUUCAGUUACUACCUGCUGCAGCUAUACAUACCAAGCUACAUGUUGGUGAUUGUAUCCUGGGUUUCCUUCUGGCUGGACAAGGAGGCGGUACCGGCCCGUGUGUCUCUAGGCGUCACCACGCUGCUCACCAUGGCCACGCAGGCUUCCGGCAUUAACUCUAAGCUGCCACCGGUGUCCUACACAAAGGCCAUCGACGUGUGGAUCGGCGUGAGCCUAACGUUUAUCUUCGGAGCCCUCUUAGAGUUUGCUCUGGUAAACUAUGCAGCAAGACGAGACAGUAAAGAACAGCUUAAGAAGGACAGGGAACGGCAAGAGCAGCUAACACUCGACCUUAUGGAAGAUGGGUGUGGCACACAAAUGGUGAUGAAGCCGUUGUUCAACAAUAGCGAUACGACCCCGUUUCGCAAGCGAUCGUGGAAAGGUUACGAGACGCACGACAUACACAUUGAGCCGCGCCGUAAGAGGAAACGAGGAUGCUACACGUCGUUCCUCUCCCACUACAAGGACCGAGCCAAGCGAAUAGACGUCGUCGCCAGGAUUCUCUUCCCGGCAGGGUUCGCCCUGUUUAAUGUUGCCUACUGGCUCGGUUACAUGCUCCCGGAAAAAGUCGUCGACAUGGCCUAGCUCUGCGCUAUUCGGCGCGACCUCUAUAUGAUGUAAAAUAUAGAUAGACGUAGCCAAGAGGGCCAGAAGAGACAAGACAAGAGGACUAUUUAUCGCGAUGGACAUAUAAGUAGAGUUGUGUUAUAUAGCCACCCACUCUGUGUAAGUCGGGGAUUAAGCGUAGAGAGCAGGCAACCAGGACCAUUUUAUAGAAAUAACUGCCUGUUAUUGGUUCAUGUUCGCGGAGGAGUAGGCGACGCGUGCAGUGAAAUGUAUAUCAGCUCGCAGCUAUACAUUUGCAGGUCAAACUACUUAGUAAUGUAUACUACAAACAGGGACAAGAUGUUGCCAUUUGAAAUAUACAUUGAGAUUGCAGUGUAUUCGUGACCUCAACAUUUUGUACAUAGUUACGCAUGGAUGUUGCAUGCAAACUGCUCUUUACAGUUUGUAAGGAAUUUUGGUCGAUUGUAUUGAACUUUAACCGUCGAUCCCAGGCGGGCUUAUAUAUGAGAACAUAACCAUGGCGAUUCCGUAUAUAAGGAUCAGUAACCGCCCCAGUGUGUGUCUGAAUACAAACAUGUAAGUUAAGCGCGACCUGAAAAAUGUUAUCCGAACAGAAACUAAUAGAAGCUCAGAGCUAGCAAAGUCUACAGCGCCAUGUAACUUGAUCUAUAUUGUAAGUGCGCGUCUAUAGAAAGCGCGCUACGAUAAAAUAACAAACGUAUAGAGAUUGGGCAUUCACGUCCACGAGUAUAUAGGACAAGAAGUGCUUAUAUGAUACUGUAAGUCGUCUAACGGACAUAACAAGAGGAUAAUAUACAAACUGAUGUCUCAAAAUUUAGAACAAACUUGUACCAUGGUCCAGUUAAAGCGUACAAUUGGAGUUACUAUGUAAGCUUUGCAAUUUAUAGCAAUCAAACAGAUAAGAUAACAGUCAAGUUAAUGUAACGCGGGUGAAGAUACACAGCGGUAAAUGUCCGUAUUUCAAGGCGGUCAUUCGGUUUAAUUAAACAUAUAUUGAUACACAGCGGUAAAUGUCAGUAUUUCAAGCCGGUCAUUCGGUUUAAUUAAACAUAUAUUGUGUUGCUGUCCGGAAUGUAUUGCUUAAUUAAGCGUUGCAUGUCAGCACCAAUAAUUAUGGUUACGUUUCGGUGCACGUGGCACGCGACUGGACUAUAUAGGGCGUGACAAUUACGGUGCGCUUUUCAAUGCAAUAGACACACGUGACUUACUUAUCAACGAACAUUAAUUAUCAUGAAUAUUGUUACUCUUGUUGUUAUUUCUAUAAAGUGAGCUGUGAUAGAUACUUUAGUAAUUCAAUCACGUAUAUAUAUAUAUAUAUAUAUAUAUAUAUACCUAUAUCUAGGCUUGGAUUAUUUUCACGCGAGGUCAUGAGAUUACCGUCACGAGAAUAUGCGUUUGAAUUUCCUCGUCCAUUUACGGCCGGCAGUUAUACAUUGCUCUACUUAUACCGGCACACAGAAUAGACUAAAUUAUUCAAAAUAAUGAAAUGAGUUUUCAAAUAUUGUAAGAAAUGUGUUAGAUAAGUGUGUGGCCAAAUUUAACAUACACUCUAUGUGCGAUUUUUAUUGCCUUCCAAAGUUAUGUUUUAAUUUGACAAGUAACCGAUUCUAUGCGUCUAUUGCAUAAUUGCAUACGGCUAUAACACAUAUAAGACGCACAACUAGGUAUAUGUACAUUGUUCGUUAAAAAUCUGUAAUUGAUGUUUUUAGAGCAAAUGAAAACAGAUAACAACAAAUUUAGCCACUGCCCGCCAUUUUGUAGUUCCGCGCUAUAAAAAUGAUCAAAUCGUGGACACUCGUUGAUGACAAAUUCAACGCAGUGGAACUAUAUUUGAUACUAACUGGCAAUGGUCAGUGUAAAAACAGUAAGAUUAACUACGAGGCUUAGUAUCGAAUUUACACAACGGAUUAGUGAGGUGAUUCAAGACGCAGACUUACCAUACUACACACAUUUAAUUCCUUUAAUUCCUAACCAGGUGAUAUUAGUGAUAUGUAUAACACUAAUGUCUUCGUUAGAUCAUAUGGUAUAUCAGCAAGAGCGUAUUAAGUAUGCAUACUUAAUACGUUCUUGAUAUCUGUUAUGGUGUUUAUAUAACUUCGCUCGAAAGUGAAAGCAAUAUAAUUCGUUUGCCAUCUCUUUAUUCAUUUCGUCGGCUGAUUUAGAUCAGUACAAAUACAUAAAUUUAUGUACAAAAGCAAUACAAUAUUCAAGGAACUUGCAGGUCUUUGUAUACAGAAAAAAAGAUAAUUCUUUUCGCAGAGAAACAGAGCAGCCAUACAAAAUCGAUAAGUAAACCUGCCAUUACGUGCACUUAGACAGGACUUCCGAUGCAAUAUUCUCUAGACUCGACCUGCUCUAUUUUGUCUAGUCGAUUUUUUACACUAGUGUCAUUAUUUAAUCCAUAGUAAUAAUCCUCAUUCUGCUAUACUGCUACUCGAUUGCUUGUAACGAGGAGUGUUUAUAUCCAAGACUGUCUUAUUUUUGCGCGAACAUUGACGAUACUUACCUUGGCGUUGUGACGUCACGUUUUGUAUUACUAAACAAAUUACGCUUCUUGAUUCUUAUCAUAUUUAAUAUAAGUAAACGAACCCACAUUUUCGUAAUUAAAACACGACAGUAUGUAGGACUGGGGACGGUGUUUCGCGUGAGAUGUUGCUGCGGAUCAACUCAGCUAUUAGCUUACAGUAGUAGCUUGCUACGCGUUAGACACGUAGGUACAUCGUUUGCAGUUUACCAUUUAAAAUACGAUUCCGCUUCAUUUGGGUGUACGAAUGAAAACAUAGCGCGAAUGAUAUUAUCGACAUCCGCCGUGCCAUAAGUUUUGGUAUAUCACUUAUAUAUUACUUGUUCUAUCCGUUUUAUACUAAAUUAUUAGUUUUUACUUACGAUGCUCUUGCGAUAUAUGCCGAGUUAACGAUGUGCGUGGGAGAGGCGGCGCGCAUUGCAGUACAGUAGGGCCUACUUACGACCAGUAUAUAUAACAGGCCAUAUGUUCUCAUAUCUGUUCCUUUGAAGUAACGUAACGAUGAACGUCUCCUGAUGUUCGCAAAGGUCUCUGUGUUGUAUGGCUUGGUUGGCUUACGAUAGGUUAUAUGCUGUCUGUAGUAGAUGUGAUUUGUAAUAGCAUCGUUCUCUUCCAAGUCAUCGUCUACAUCAUAACGUGCGUGUCUGUCUGUUUGUCUAUCUGUCUGUCUGCCCAUCUUUAUGUCUGUCGAUCGGUCUUGUCUGUCUGCCUGUCUGACUCUCGCGCUCCCUCUUGCUUUAACCGUUCUUUUCUCCCCUCGCUCUCUUCUAGUUUGUGUGUAUCUGUGCCGCUUUUUCGCUAUAUCAAAGAAGUAAGUUUUCCCGCGUGACAUUAAUUUUUGUAGAUCGAGUUCAAUGUUCGUGUUUAUGAGUAUAGGGUGAGAGAACGACUCCCGCGGUAAUAAUGAGGUUUGCGCAUAGGCGACGUGUAUAGUUCUAAUGUAUAGGCUAUUUGAACACUAUUAAGUUCCCUAAGUAACAUCGCUCUUCCAUUUGUCGAAGUACGAGUUGGAGGAAAAGAUAACGAGGAAUGAUGACGAUAUUAUAGAAGUGCAUGCAACGUGCAACGAACGCGAUAACCGCUAAAUCUCAUUACCCGCGUGUGAAAAACACAUUUACUAAUCAUUUGUUAUUCAUAGUAAAUAGUAGAUACGUGGUUGUGUGAAUCAGCUACAGAAGAUUAUGUAUCUUUCUAGUUGUAGUUGGACAGCUUAGCCGGAAGUUACGUACAACAUAUCUGCUAUAGGGCGUAGCUGUCUACCGCCCGACCUAUUACUUAUAAUCUCUUCUAUAGCUUGCGAUCAGCUAUCCUUGGAUCCUUUGAUCAGCGCCAGUGAUGAACCGAACAAAUUAGAUCUAGAGCUCGAUGACUAUUUUCUAGAAAUAAAUAAAACUACGAAAAAUAAUUAUACGUAAGGCUAUUUGCGCAAGCUAACGUUUGGCUUAUCCCGUGGUGCCCAAAAAAACGGUGCCCGUGUUUUUAGUUUGCUCCAGCGCGCGAUUGACGCAGCAUAAUCAGUGUUAUACAUCGAUUUUAAUUAAGUCUGUUUUGCCAGAAUGAUAAUGCAUUAUAAGUUCUAAUUAACUAUUUAAUAGACUUUUCCACAUUUCAUCUAUUAUAUUGAUAAUCGCAUUUCCAAUGCAGUGUUUUAUUCCGCUACGUGGUUACAUUAAAACAUGAUCAUCGUGAUGCGAUCACAGUAUAAUAACGCGCAUGCGUUGUGGUGAGCCAUGAACAGCACAGUACAGCUCAGGUGAUAUUGGUCUAACGUUAAUAAGCCGGCAACGUUGUAUAAAGAUAUACGUUUCAUGGAACACUGUACAUUGUACGUUUCGGUUCAUACGGAACCGUGUGCCAUCGAGUGAGGGGAUGCUGACAUGCAUGUAUUGCACUUAUUACGCUCAACACAUGGUGCAGAAAACGAACACAGAACGGCGGCCUGUCACUACAUACUCUAGGUACUAGAACGGUUGUUCUACAGCUGCUGCUAGUGAACAGCACGAAUUACGACGUUGUGGCUGCACGUGCUCUGGGCAGAUGAAGCCAUCGCCGCCAUCUGACGCACAGAAGCUACCAGCUAGGCGUUCUAACAUACCCCUUACGUUUACCAUUAUUGAUGACAGCAUCACCCGCGUUGCUAAAACAAUUAAUUGCGUGCAUGCGUGCAUGGCUGUGGCAGAGCUAUUGUACAUACGCAUAAAUGUAGGUAGCUAGCUGGUUAAAUGACGAAGUAAAAAAAAUACUUCUGUAUGAUCAGGAUAUUUUCAUACCAUCUUGUCCCAGAGACCGGCUGUGGAAACCUGUGCUAUUAUAUUAGCCGAUUCCAUUUCAUUUACGCAAGCUUGUAUUUUCCCAUGUAUCGCAUGUACCCGAGUGUUAUGCAUAGAAAAUUGCCCUAAUCGAAUACCUGCCUAAUUAAGUUGCAAGAUGCCUGGUCAAACAAGUGAACAGAAGUGCUUAUAUCUCUUCCACAGGCUCAUUAUUUUUUAACAAAAGAGUGCAAUUGCAGAUGGUGAAAUUAUUUGCGAUGUCUGUAUAUACUAAUGUACUAUGUAAAAGACAUACACGCAAAUCAGUGUAGACUUCUAAACAUGACAGUCCUCUCAACGUUGUCCACGAGCAAGCAUACGCGAUGCAGAGACAACCCCGAAGCGUGUGCUCAUGUGCUCUUAUCGGUCGAACGUCGUUCGACACGCGUUCCGCUCAGACGUACGAAAGAUUUCAUCGUCCUAACUUUACUUAAGAUUUCGCACAGAGAACGCGAUGCAAGUGAGUGUAUUGCAGUCGACUUGGUUACCACAAUGAUUGAGUAUCUGCCGUGACAUUAUAGUAAUUAUAGAUCUUGCUGGCUCACGUGUAAUCUGCCAGUUUGUUUUAACGUAGGGCGAAGGUACUCAACGUCGGACAUUUCUUGCAAACGUGAAUAUUUGUUCAACUUAAAAGAAAACCAAUUGUGGAAAAAUCUUCUAUAAACGUGUCCAUAGUCUAUAUACUGGCAAAGAAGAUGUACGGCUUUGUUUUGUUAAGUUACUAUGCUUUUUAUAGAAAGUGUAAAUAAAAUUAGGAGUUUAUAAA